GAAAGAUAAAUAAAUUCGCAGUUCGCCUUUAUUCGCAGGUGGCGGCGGAGAUGGCAGUGGCGAGGGAGAUGGGCAUGAGGCAGAGGCCUUUCCCCUGCAAAUACAGAAAUACUGCAUGGCGGAACCCAUGUCCUCCUCCAUCAGCUUGGCCACCUGGUGCUCCGUCACGGCCAGGGUGUCGCUGGACGACGUCGUUUGCGUUGCUCCGCUGUUGCUGCGGCCCAUUCCUCCUCCUACUUCUCCUCCGCCGCUGCCGUUGGCCUGAAUGCAGUCGCCGCCGCCCUGCAAGACAAAAGUAUGUUGAUGAUGACUAUGAGAGAGAGAGUAGCACGCGUGCUGGUGUGUGUUUUGUCGUGUUCAGGUGCGAUGGAAGCAUUUGAAGAUUUUGACUCUCUCUCUCUCUCUGGAACAAUUCCUCAUCCUCCUCCUCCUUGCAGGACAUGGGAUGUUCACGGCGAAGAUGGCGCGCCCGGGUAUUCCUGAUUUUCUUCUUCCUAAAUCUGCCUGUAAUUGGGGAUUUUUUCAAAAUACAAAUAAUGGUCUCUUUUUCCCCCUUCGUGAAAAAUUUCUAAAAAUUUAAUUGUUGGCAGAUUUGGGUUCAGCAGGGUAGAUUUGUACAAAAAGAGUAUACAUUUUGAAACGGGUUAGGGUUCAUGCUGUUAAUAUGGGAAGAUAUGAAUGUUUCCUUUUCUGGGUGGAUACUCCCAAUAUUAUUGCCAUGAAGCAAAUUUCUGCAAAGGAUGUUUCCUUUAUACAGCAGUUCUUGCUUCGUAUUGGGGGGCAGACGCAGUACAAAGGUGUUGGCAAAAGCUUAAUAACCCAGGGUUGCUAUGGAAGAGGAGAUGUUGAGCCUAAUUUCAAAUGGCGGGACUAAUGCAAGUCAUGUGAAUGCUGAAGCUUCAGAUUCAAACAGCAGCAGUUGCCAGUGUCAUGCAACCAAGCGUCAUAGGCAGGGUAAUAAUGAUGCUUCUCCGAGAUUCAAAGGGGUUGUGGCACAGCACAAUGGACAUUGGGGUGCACAAAUAUACGCAAAUCACCAGCGAGUUUGGCUUGGGACCUUUAAAUCAGAAAAGGAGGCUGCCAUGGCAUAUGAUAGCGCAGCUAUUAAGCUUCGAAGUGGAGAUUCCCACAGGAACAUUCCAUGGGCCAACCCCAACCUUGCUCUUCAUGAGCCAAUGUUCCAAAAUCAAUACAGUACAGAAGCAGUGCUAAACAUGAUUAAGGAUGGUUCCUAUCUGUCCAAGUUCACAGACUUUCUUAAGACUUCAUCCCUAGGGCAAACAGAAGUGGGCUUGAACAGUCUGAGAGCACAUCACAGCGAUGGGCGUUUGCGUAGACAACUGUUUCAGAAGGAGCUUACACCCAGCGACGUGGGUAAGCUAAACAGACUUGUCAUUCCAAAGAAAUAUGCUGUUAAACACUUCCCACCUAUUUCCGAAACCGCAGAUGAAAAUGCAGAAGGCAGCGGUGCGGAUGACAUACAGCUCAUUUUCUUCGACAGGUUCAUGAGGUCGUGGAUAUUCCGCUACUGCUAUUGGAGGAGCAGCCAGAGUUUUGUCUUUACCAGGGGUUGGAAUCGGUUUGUGAAGGAAAUGGGUUUGAAGGCGAAGGACAUCAUCACUUUCUACCUAUGUCAGCAUCCUGAAGGCCCAAAAGAGGGGCAGACAUUUUGCAUGAUUGACGUGGGUUAUAACGGUGGCCAAAACAAUGUUGGCGUGGUGGACCAGUAUGCUGGCAUGCUGGUGGAUUCUCCAAGUCAUUUAGAACAAAGAAUUGGCCAUGUAAAUGAUGAGCCCAAUUUAGAGGAAGGGAUGGAAUCCGCAGGAUUGAAACUUGCCGACAAUGCAUCCAGAAGAGGUUUCAAGCUUUUUGGUGUUCAUAUAUAAUUUGAACAUAUUGGGCUCUUCUUUCUCAAGGUUCAGAUUUCUCAUUACGCUGGUAUGUCACCGUAUCGUAUCGUGCAGCAUUAGGAUUUUUAUUUAAGCUUUGUUUUAUAGGUAUCUUAUGCAUUGUGGAACUUUGAGCAAGGAUGAUAGUGCCCCAUCCCAUUUUGAGUCCAUUGGAUCAAAGUUUUCGUAGGAUAUACUAGUUUUUCACUAUGAGGAUAAUUAUCCGGUAAAGUCACUUGUUGCAUUUUUGGUACAUAGGAAUGGAAUAGAAUUGAAUUAACUUCA